GAAAGCGAAUUCCCCAAGAACAGACGGUCCCAAGGACGUCCUCACAUUGUCAUCGUGUCCUCCUCCUUCGAUGUGUAUUCCCAGAAUGUCUUGAGGAUGACACUCGCGGAUUGUUCGUGAAGAGUCAUUCAGGUACAUCCUGUGCCAGUCCCGUGGUCAGAGGUCACCAGAAUAAUGCCCCUGAAGUUUGUUUGCGUUAUGGUGUCUGUUCUCUACGCUCUCAAUAUUGGGCGUGCGCUGGAAUUGUCCUUGGAUGGAACGUGGACAGCGCACAACAGCGGGAACUACCGUCUCAAUAUAUCAUCCCAAGUUCCUGGUGGCAUAUACACGGACCUCCAUCGGAAUCACGUCAUAGGAGAACCCUACUAUGCCUACAACGACAUUAUGCUCCGUUGGGUCGGCCACGAGAACUGGACCUUCUCUAGAGAAUUUGACGUUCCCGCGGAAAUGCUGCAGAAAUCCAAAGUGGUCCUAGUAGCCCAUGGCAUCGACACAGCUUGUAACGUCCCCGUCAACAACCACUUUUUGGGAAGCACAGUCAAUAUGUUUGUUCGAUACGUGUUCCAACUCAAAGGCAAAAUCGGGGAAACUGGGAAUCAGAUUCAAGUAGCCUGCGAGUCGCCCGUUGCUUACGCCUUGCGCCAGUACGAAUUACAGGCGAAGGAAUAUCCGGUCUACCCAAUAUGUCCACCCAGCCUUCAGAAUGGAAAUUGCCACAUCAACCACAUGAGGAAAAUGCAAUGUGCUUUCAGUUGGGAUUGGGGACCAUCCUUUCCCUCCCAAGGAAUUUGGAAACACAUUGCAGUUGAAGCCUACAGUGGUGCCAUCAUUCGUGACGUCUCCGUUGUAACGAUACCGCUGUCAAAACACACGUCGCAGUGGAUUCUUAAUGUGACAGUUUUUGUGGAGACAACGACCACCGAGCGAAUGACGCCGUUUUCCACAUCUGUACGAGUGCUACUGAACGAAAAAGCCUUAGGAAGCAGCGCCGUGACCAUUCAACCAGAUGAACACGGGGCAGCGUCCGUACACCUUUCUUACACAGUGCCUCAAAGUAUGAAUAUAAAAAGAUGGUGGCCGAACGGAUAUGGAGAACAGAAUCUGUAUACCCUAAAGGUCACCGUAGCAUCGAGUGGAGAAGAAUCCACAAAAGUGGUCAAAAUAGGCUUCCGAACUAUCGAGCUCAUGCAGACUCCAGUCAAUAAUGGCGCCGGUGGCCUUGAGUUCUACUUCAAAAUAAACAACGUUCCAAUCUACGCGAAAGGAAGCAACUGGAUUCCUGCCGACAUAUUGCCCGAGCGUGUAACUAAAGAAUAUCUGACGUAUCUAUUGCAGUCUGCUAAGUUUGCUAACAUGAACAUGCUCCGUGUUUGGGGAGGCGGAAUUUAUGAGUCGGACUUCUUCUACCAAACUGCGGACGAACUUGGGAUCCUAAUAUGGCAGGACUUCAUGUUUGCAGUGGCUCUAUAUCCAACCAACUCCGACUUCCUGGAGACCGUCAAAACGGAAGUUCGGCAACAGGUGCGAAGGUUGCAGCACCACCCAUCAGUGUGCGUCUGGGCUGGAAACAACGAAAACGAACAAGCUAUUGCAAGUCAUUGGUGGCCGAUUUUGCCCCCGCACGAAAGAGACUACAUAACUUUGUACAUCGAGACAAUUAUGCCUAUUGUCUUGGAGGAAGAUCGAACACGUCCCUUCGUCUCUUCGAGCCCAUCAAAUGGAAAGCAGACCGAGAAAGAGAAUUGGAUUGCGACAGACCCUAAUAGCGUCAAAUACGGAGAUGUUCACUACUACAACUACGGUUCCAACCCGUGGAAUUCAAACACAUACCCCAAAGCCCGCUUCGUCUCUGAAUACGGAAUCCAGUCUUUCCCAUCACGGGAUACCUUUCUUACGGCGGCACCAGAAUCCUUCCUCGAGUACCCUUUCAAGAUGUUCAUGGGCUUCCGCCAGCAUCAUACAAUCGGCACUGAAAACAAUAUGGGUUUCAUCAGUCAGGAAUUUAAUUUGCCAUUGACGGGGGACACAGCAAAAGACUUUGACAUGGUAGUGUAUUUGUCCCAGAUCGUGCAAGCACAAGGCAUCAAAACCGGAGUGGAGUACUUCCGACAUCUACGCAGUAUCUUACACGAUGAUGAAGGCCACAAUAUGGGUGUGUUGUACUGGCAACUCAACUCAAUUUGGCAAGCGCCCUCAUGGUCUUCUAUUGAAUACGGAGGCAGAUGGAAGAUGCUCCAUUAUUUCGCUCGCCGGUUCUUCAGUCCGCUCAUUGUGGUACCGUUUCUCAACGACUACCUCUCCUCGACCGGGGAACUUCAUGCUUACGUCGUUAAUGACCUUCAAGAAGAUUUUCCAAAUGCUGUGCUUCAUAUUGAUUUAUACUCAUGGGGAAACUUUGCUCCCGUUCAUCGAUUCAGCGUUGUUUUGGACGUGCGUCGGGAAGGCUCUGUACAAGCGUACGUUUCGAGGUUAGGUGACUUUAUGAACAUGACAUCCUGUACCUCUGCUACAUGCUUCCUUUGGUUUACACUCACUGACAAAAUGGGACGACCUCUGGGACCUGCAAAUUAUCUUCUACCUGAGACCCCCAAGAAUAUCAAGGGACUCAGGAACGCCACCCUUACGAUAACCAACGUAAGUGGCCCGUUCGCCGGGCAUAACUUAAUGAAAGACUUCACCGUAACUGUAGCCACUAAUUAUAUUGCGUUGUUUGUGUGGCUGAAUGCGCGCAAUAUCAGUGGCUACUUCUCAGACAACGGAUUCGUGAUGUUGGAACCAACGAUGGACCUGCACUUCUUUACAAAAGAAGCUAUCACGCCGGAGUACCUCAGGUCUGCGAUAACAGCAGUUUCCCUUCCUGACACUGCCACAGCCAGCACAGGGACAGCGCGGGAAGCAGUUGUACUGUCAUAGGGUUCUGUGGAAAUUGUGCUGUUUUGGCGUCGUCGGAUUGAAUAAAUCGAAUAAAUACAAUUUUAACACAUA